AUGGCUUUGCACAGUGGCUCGUGGUUUGACUCGAAAUGGAUCGGAAAGACUAUUGAUUUUGAACCCCCUUCAAGCUCCUGGCAAAUAACAACAAAGCUACAGGAGCAUGAGGCACGCUAUCUGCAGAGCGAAUUCAGAAUCUGCGGCUUCUACUCCGAAGCAAGCUGUACCUUCGUCUCCGAAGAUUUGGAGGGCUCAACCCAAGCUAUUAUGAGGAUUCGGAUGCAAAUCCCAUACCUCGAAGAAGACCUGAGUUCCUUGAUACCAAGCUUUGAUCAAGCACUGGCAGGUAUCUCCGGUCGCACUGACUGA